UGUUUUUUACACUAGAACAGUUCCUUGGUGCCCAAUGUUUGUGUAUUAGCGUGGCCGUCUCUCGUACGUGCGGUAACGGCUUCAGUAGCCUGGUCAUACUGCUGCCUGACACUAUAUAAAAUUUAAAUUUUUCUAUACCCGGUAACUGUCACUACCAACGAUCUGGCAGCUCUGGAAUCCGGCAGGGAAGAAGAAGCAUCUGAUAAGAGUGGUCUGUGUUUUUACUAAUUUCAUUUUUCUUAAAAAAUUUCCCAUAAGAGAUAAGUUCAUGUCUGCUGAUACUCGCAAGGAUCCUUGCAAACCCUUCGCCUGCCGCAUACAAGCCUGUUUGAACGAUAAUCAUUACCAGGAGCACAAAUGCCUGGAUGUGCUUGAGGCUAUGCGCAAGUGCUGUCUGAAGUGGCAUACCGUUUCGCUCUGCUGCAGUGGCAUCGACCUCAACAAGCCCUAUUUGCCGGAAGCUGCCAAAGACAAGCUCCCAGCCGGCAAGUCCAAAAAAUAAUGUCCGUGCCGCAGUACCAGCCACCGAAAGAAAUCCAAGACCUGUUAGACAAAAAAGAGCAACAACAGAUCAACCAGCGCCGGCGUACAGCCGUUCUUCCCAAACGCUCCUGGAUAAAGCGUAACCCGCGUCUGUUCCAGAUCACCUUUCUCACCGGCUCGCUCCUGAUAUUCUUUUCUAAACCAUUGUACGACUGCUUCAUCGCUGAUCCUCUGCCACCGCCGGAGGUUAAGGUGCCGCCGCACAAACGCUAAGAGGACAGGGGGGCAUGGAAUCCGUGCGCAAAGCUAAUCAACGUCUCCGCAACUAUCCACUUCUGCUGGGCAAGUGCGCGGACAAGGCUUCGGUUUACGCCGUGUGUGUGUCGCGGGAUCUCAACGUACAGCAUAAGAUCUGCGAGGCCGAGUUCAAAGAAUUCAUUAGCUGCAUUCGUAAGAGUGCCCAGGAGAUGAAGACCAAGCUGUAGACAAUCGAAAACAAUAAACAACAAAAUGACCAAACACAAGGCCGCUGCCACUACGAAGGCUACGGGACGGCAGCCGUCUUUGGGUCGCCGCAUCCUGCAAAUGAGUUUCCGCACACAUCUUUUGAUCUCGGCGCUGCUACGCGUUGUUCUAAUAUGCUACGGACAUAUACACGAUAGUAGGUCUCCGGUUCCCUAUACAGAUAUUGACUACAAGGUGGUCACGGAUGGUGCCCGGCAGGUCUUAGCCGGCGGAAGCCCAUUUUCUAGGCACACGUACCGCUACAGUCCGAUUAUGGCGUACAUACAAACCUUGAACAUCCUCCUACAUCCUGCGUGGGGCAAACUGGUCUAUGCCACCUUCGAUCUACUCAUCGCCGUACUCAUUUACCGCCUGGUGCACAUGGAGAUCAAGAGUCAGUACCAGAAAACCGUACAACACCUGCUCAGCAAGUUCAACAGGCCCCGGGAGUCGGACCAGUCGCUGGAUGCUUUGGAUGAGAAGAGUCAUCCCGAAAACUUGGCUCGCGCCUCCGCGUGCUUUUGGCUCUACAAUCCUUUGACGGCUGUAAUAUCCACCCGGGGCAGCGGCGAUUGCUUCUCCAGUUUCUUUGUGAUCCUGACCAUCUAUCUGCUGAUGAGAUCGGAGCACAAGGAGUCUAAGAGUUUGUGGCUUAUCUUUUGCGCGGGCUUAGCCCACGGUCUGGUGAUCCACCUUCGCCUUUACCCCCUGCUGUUUAGCUUGGGAUACUACCUGGCGCUGUCCACCAGGCUGACGCGGACUCCUCUAGAUUUCUUGUGGCAAAUCUUGCGCCCCAACACGCAGCAACUGUGCCUGGUAGUUGGCACCAUUCUGAGCCUAGUGGCCUUAACCUGGACCUUUUAUUUGAUGUACGGCUGGGAGUACAUCUACGAGGCUUACCUCUACCACUUUGUGCGCAAGGACCCCCGCCACAACUUCUCUGUGCAGUUCCUGAUGCAGUACCUAGGUAGUACCGCGGAUACCUCGGUCCUUGUGAAGUUUCUUGUAAUGGCCCCACAGCUCUUGCUUGUCCUCUACUUGAGCCUGAGCUUAGGCCAGUUCCGGCAGACGCUCCCCUUCUGCAUCUUCACCGUGGCCUUUGUGAUAGUCACCUACAACUCGGUGGUGACUUCGCAAUACUUUAUCUGGUAUCUGGCUAUCCUGCCGCUGUGCCUAAACAACUUUAAGCGGCUCUCGUGGGGGAAGUGCUUUAGCCUCCUGGGCUGGUGGCUGCUCGCCCAGGCGCUGUGGCUCCUUCCAGCCUAUCUUUUGGAGUUCCGGACGUGGAACACCCUCUACUGGAUCGGAGUGCAAGGCGCCAUCUUCUUCGCCACCAAUGGCUACAUCCUGGAGCAGCUUCUGAGCCAUUAUGGGUUCACCCAAUUUAAGAUAAGCUAUAGGAAGUUAUUAUAAAGCAAUCACACAACUUCAAGUAGAUGCGAAUAGUUUUGAAUAAGAGUUUAUUGCUACAAUAAAGUAAAAUUUUAAUUGAAAGGA